GAAGAGGAGCCCCAAGGAGAAGUGAAGAGCUACCAAGAAGUGUCCGACUGGGAAGAAAACCUCGAGCAAGAGCAGUCCCAAGGAGAAGAGAGCAGCAGCCAAGUGUCUGACUGGGAAGAAUACAGUGAUGAAGAGCUGUCCCGUGGAGGAGUGAAGAGCUACCAAGAAGUGUCUGACUGGGAAGAAAACCUCGAGCAAGAGCAGUCCCACAGAGAGGAGAGUAGAGGCCAAGAAGUGUCUGACUGGGAAGAAUACAGCGAGGAAGAGCUGUCCCAUGGAGGAGUGAAGAGCUACCAAGAAGUGUCCGACUGGGAGGACUACAGUGAGGAAGAGCAGUCCCAAGAAGUCAAGAGGCACGAAGAACUGUCCGACUGGGAGGACUCCAGCGAGGAAGAGCAAUGCCACGGAAAAGGCAGUAGCUCCCCAGAAGUGACCGACUUGGAAGAAUGCAGCAUGAAAGUGCAGCCCCAAAGAAAAUUCAGUAACUCCCAAGAACUCCUGUCCGACUGGGAGGACUCCAUUGCCCAAGAGCUGUGCCAGGAUGAAGACUCCUUGGGCCAGGACUUUUCCGCCUGGGAAGACUACACACCCUCCUGGCUGUGCCGAUGGGAAGAUGGCAGCGACAGAGAGCUGGCACUGGCGGACUGGGAACACAGGAGCGUCCCCAGCUUGGGGGUGAAGGCCUUGCUCCCGGAGGAGGACGAGUGGGAAGAACUGAGCGUGCUGGAGCUGUCCCAAGGCCAAGGCCCAGAAGACAGGCUGGGAAUUCUUGCAGCAGAGGGGCUCCCAGUGCCCGUCCCUCGCCAGGCAUGGGCUGAGCGCCGGGCACCUGCCCCGUGCACACAAGUGCCGCUCUGCACCUCACCUCCCCAGCUGGAAGCCCUGUCCCCCGCAGGGACUGAAGCUUCUCCAGCCUUCGGAGAGCAGGUGCCAUGGGCAGGGACACAGAGCCAGGUCCCUGCCCCACGCAGCCCCUGCUGCCCCCCCAGCCCCUCGCCUCCCCAGCUGGAGGCCCAGGCCCUCAGCAGCCAGCUGGCUCAACCCACCAAACGUCUCUCCCGCUUCAGGCGGGCGCUCGGGGCUCUGCGCAGGCUGUUCCGCUCCUGCACGGCGGGACAGCCCCAGGAUUAGGCCCCGCUCCAGCGCCAGGCCGGGCCCGGACACCUCUGCAGUGCUUACAAGAGACGCUGACUCCACCACUGACCUGAGGCACUGAUUCAAAUACCUGACUACUCCUGCAGGGAAUGAGCAAAGACAGGGCCUCUUGCUCACAGAAACU